UUGCAGAACAGCCCUUGUACUUGGUUCAGGGCAUGUUAGCAGAGGAAGGGGUUAGUGAGCUGAAACGUAACAAUGAGAUGUCAUGGGACACACGUGAUGUAAUUGGGGUUAAUUAUGAUAAAAUGCAGGGUUAG